AAUGCUGCAAGACUAGCUUUUCUCUCUCUCUUCUUCCCAAAAACUUAAAACAAAAAAAAUCCACACUGUAAGCAAUGCUGCUACCUUUUCUCUUCUUUUUUUCUUUUCUUUUCUGUUCUUUAUCCCUCGUGCUGCACUUUUCCCCCCUCAGUCAGCACUAAUGAACCCCUCCAGAUGUGAGCGCUCGCGCUGCUAGCUCUACCCCCACUCUCUCUCUCUCUCUCUCUUUUUCUCUCUCCAUGCUCGUGUCCUCCGCGGAGGCGCGCUCGGACUCGGGCUCCCCGCGCGCGCUCAGCCCCACCGGCCACGCGCUGGUGGCCGCGUGCCUCGGACUGAUCGGCGCGCUCGGGGUGCUGAAUAACCUGCUGGUGCUCGUGCUGUUCAGCCGCUACAAGGCGCUGCGCUCGCCCAUCAACCUGCUGCUGCUCAACAUCUCCGUCAGCGACCUGCUCGUGUGCUCGCUCGCGACGCCGUUCAGCUUCGCCGCCAGCACGCGCGGACGCUGGCUGAUCGGGGAGGGCGGCUGCGUGUGGUACGGAUUCGCCAACACGCUGCUGGGCAUCGUCUCCCUCAUCUCUCUGGCCAUUCUCUCAUACGAGCGAUACUCCACCAUGAUGGGCCCGACGGAGGCCGACGCCACCAACUACAGGAAGGUGGCGGUGGGCGUGGCUUUAUCCUGGGCUUACUCCCUCGCCUGGACUGUGCCUCCUUUCUUUGGCUGGAGCCGCUACGGCCCCGAGGGGCCCGGCACCACCUGCUCAGUGGACUGGACCACCAAGACAGCCAACAACAUCUCCUACAUCAUCUGCCUCUUUAUCUUCUGCCUUAUCCUCCCGUUCCUCGUCAUAGUCUACUCCUAUGGUAAGCUGCUGCAUGCAAUCAAACAGGUCAGUGGAGUGAGCACGGCUAUGGGUCGUAAGCGAGAACACCGGGUCCUCCUGAUGGUCAUCACCAUGGUGGUCUGCUACCUGCUCUGCUGGCUCCCGUACGGCAUCAUGGCUCUGAUAGCUACGUUUGGAGAACCGGGGCUCAUCACGCCGGAGGCCAGCAUCGUUCCCUCACUGCUGGCCAAAACCAGCACCGUCAUCAACCCCAUCAUCUACAUAUUCAUGAACAAACAGUUCUACAGGUGUUUCCGAGCGCUCCUGAAAUGCGAGACUCCACAGCAGGGCUCCAGCAUGAGGAGCUCCUCCAAAAUCAACAAGAACGCUCGAGCCACGAGACGCAACGACAUCAACCCCACCUUCAUGGCGGCUUCGGUCGGACACACGACGGCGGCGGCGCCCGACCACAACAACACCACCGACUACCUGGGGCCUCCGUCCACCGACGCAGCCAAGCCAGCGAUGGUGUCACUGGUGGCUCACUAUAAUGGUUGAGGCUCAACUUUUAGCCCUGUAACUUUACAACUCUGUCUUUUAGAGGAUUAUCGAGCAACUCCUGCAGAAUUAAAGAACAUUAAUGGAGCGUUGGAUGUAUGUGCCAUGCAUCAGUUCACAACUGACUGACUCAAUUCCCAACCUUUCUUUAAUACCUGCAGCUUUGGGACACAUCUUCUAAUACCUUCUCAGAGUUUUCUAACACCUACAGUGUGUGCAAACACAAACCUGUGCCUGUAAAUGUGCUGAUAAUGUCUCACUUCUUACAUAAAGUCUUGCUCCAGGUCCCAUCGCCAGGUCUUCUUUCUGUCAUGGAGCUUAUAAAUGUUUGAGAAAUCCAAUUCUCUGGUUAACUGACUCUCAACAAAGAGGAGGUUGCAGCUUUUCAGUAAGGCUUGGGUACAUCAUAGACCUGUUUAUUUAUUGCGCUUCAAGAAAGCUAAAAGAUCUAGCAACAGUCAAAGCCUAGAGAUUAGCAUGAGGCUAACAGGCACUAAUGCUAGCUGUCACCAUCAACAAUUGUAGAAGAAAGCAUGGGCGCCGUGGUUCUAUUCCCAUUCGUUCUAUAGAAACGAUGCCAAGAUGGUCCACUAUGUUGUCAAAUUUGUAACCAAAGUCUAAAUAAUAGAGACCAAAGGUGGAGCCAGACUUGCUAGAAUUUACCUUUGGGGAUCAAUAAAGCAUCCAUCCAUCCAUCCAAUCUACUCAAUUGAUAGGACCACCGCCUAGUCCGAGACUAGGACUAGUUCAGAGCAAAUUCAGACUAAAAUGUAGACCUAAACAAAAAAUAGACUUCUUUUGUAGACUUGUAGACAGCCUAGUGAUUAGCAUGAGGCUAACAGGCGCUAGAGCUAGCUGUCCCUCCAUCAACGAUUGUAGAAGAACGCAUGGGUGCCGUGGUUCCAUUCCCUUUCGUUCUACAGAAACGAUGGAAAGAUUGUCCACUGGUUGUACAAAUUUGUAACCAAAGUCUAAAUAAUAGAGACCAAAGGUGGAGCCAGACUUGCUAGAAUUUCCCUUCGGGGAUCAAUCCAUCCAUCCAAUCUACUCAAUUGAUAGGACCACCGCCUAGUCCGAGACUAGGACUAGGUCAGAGAAAUAACGGUCAGAGGUCAGACUAAAACGUAGACCUAAAAGAAAUCUAGACUUCUUUUGUAGACUUAUAGACAGCCUAGCGAUUAGCAUGAGGCUAACAGCCGCUAGUGCUAGCUGUCUCUCCAUGAAUGAUUGUAGAAGAAUGCAUGGGAGCCGUGGUUACAUUUCCUUUUGUUCUAUAGAAAUUAUGCCAAGACAAUGAAACGAUGUCCCCUAUGUUGUCAAAUUUGUAACCAAAGUUAUAAUAAUAGAGAUAAUAGAGACCAGAGGCGAAGCCAGACUCUCUACUCAAUUGAUAGGACCACCUCCUAAUCAGAGACUAGGACUAGUGCAGACUAAAUCCAGACUAAAAUGUAGACUAAACAAAAAAUAGACUUAUCUUGGCAUCAUGUUCUCCUCCACCAGUCUUACACACUGCUUUUGGAUAACUUUAUGCUGCUUUACUCCUGGUGUAAAAAUUCAAGCAGUUCAGUUUGGUGGUUUGAUGGCUUGUGAUCAUCCAUCUUCCUCUUGAUUAUAUUCCAGAGGUUUUUAAUUUGGUAAAAUCAAAGAAACUCGUCAUUUUUAAGUGCUCUCUUAUUUUUUUGUUGUCCAGGGUUGUAGGUUUAUGUUUGAGUAAAAUGAACAUUGUCGUUUUAUUCUAUAAACUAGUGACAGCAUUUCUCCCAAAUUACAAAUAAAAAUGUUUUCAUUUACAGUUUAUUUGCAGAAAGUAAGAAAUGGUCAAAAUAAGGAAAAAGAAGCAAAGAAAACAAGUUCAUAUUCAUAAAGUUUAAAAAAUUCAGAAAUCAAUAUUUAGUGGAAUAACCCUGGUGGUUUUUAAUCCCAGUUUUCAUGCAUCUUGGCAUCAUGUUCUCCUCCACCAGUCUUACACACUGCUUUUGGAUAACUUUAUGCUGCUUUACUGCUGGUGCAGAAAUUUACGCAGUUCAGUUUGGUGGUUUGACGGCUUGUGAUCAUCCAUCUUCCUCUUGAUUAUAUUCCAGAGUUUUUGGAGGAAGUUUUGGAGGAAUUCUCAGAACUGAAGGGCAGCACUUAGACUGUUGCCCCACCCAGCGCUCUCCAUGUUAAAAUUAGAGAGCUCAGACUUUGGACCCGGACUGGAGCUGAAUUGCUGGAUAUUACUGAUCUGCAGAACUUUAUGAUACGACGCUAUUUUUUUUUUUUAAGAAUGAAGAAAUGUAAUUUAUUAUGGAAGUUUGUUGCCAAAAAAAGAAGAAUUACUAAAAAUACUAAAAAAAACAGUGUUUAUAUAACAGAUGAUUUGGAUGAUAGUAAAAAAAAAAAAACUUGGGUUUAUAAAGCACUCGUCUUUUUAAGAAUGUGGAAGUGUGAUGUAAAAAGGAGGUCUGGUAUGUGUCUGUGUGUAAGUGUGUGUAAGAGAGAGAGAGAGUGUGUGUUUGUGUACAAAGAUUCUUCAUAUCCUUAACUUUUUAAAGGCUCUAUUCCUGGACGUGCCGAGAAUGUUAAAUAUGUGCCGUUGCUACAGAAGUGUUGUGCACUUUGCGGAAACUGAAAGCAGCUCAGUCAACACUUUAUGUAUUUAUACACCACUUGCCUUUCAACAGCUUAAAAAGAGAGAGAGAGAAAGAGAAAGAGAGAGAGAGAGAAAUAUGAUGAUAACAGUGUCAACAGCCUUCGCAAAACUCCGCCUCCUCAUCUCUUCAGGGCUGUACAGUGCUAAAAUUUACACAUCAGUUCAUUAUGUGGGGUAAAAAUUGACGUUUUUUUGUAAGGACAUGAUUUUGAGCUUCUUUGUUUGUGUAGAUUUUAUUGGGUUUUAUUGGUCGUUCUUCGUUUUUUUCUGAAAUCGAGAGCUGAUAUUAAAAAGAAAUUUUAA